AUGCCGCGGUCAGUGGGCUUCGGGGGCUUCGGCGGGGGAGUGAUUGUUCCCGCCAUGGACGUGCGCCAACGCGCAUCGCCCAAGAUUCCGCCACUGUCGUCGGACGAAGAUCUGCCGCCGCCUCCCCCGCCGCCCACGCCCGCGACCACUGCGCCCCCCGCGGCUUCCUUCCCUGCGCCCUCGCUGCCCUCCCGCCGCUCGUCUUUGUCUGACGCAAUGGGAAGAGCAUCCGCGGCAGCGGCAAGUGCGGGGAGGAGGGACGUAGCCAUGGGAACGGGGAGGGACACGGGAGGGAUCACGGCAACGACUAUUAGCGGUUUCGUCGUGCCGGCAGCAGCGGCAGAAACAGGAACGGCAUUGGAUAUGAACCACCCGCCUCCGCCGCCGCCCCCCACGCCAGCGGCACAAGCAAGGCGAUCGUUCACCACCACCCGAGGGUUCGCCGUGCCUGACUCUCGUGUUGUCGCUGGUGCCAGUUCCGCUGCUGCGGGCCGUGGUGAUUGGCCAAUCACAUCUGCUGCCGCGGCGCCGUCCAGCUCUCGUGUUGUCACACCCGCCGCUGUCACUGCCGCCGUGGCAGCCUCGGCUCGAGACACGUGGUUCCUCCCUUCCGCUGCCGCUGCGGCUGCAGCUGCCGCCACGGCCGCUGCGGCGGCGGCAGCAGCGUCAGCAGCUGCUGGCCCUGGCGCAGCGGCAGCGGAGGAAGACGAGGCGGGGAUGGCGAGAGUGGUGGGGUUUUCCGGUAGGUCCAGCGGUAGCUUUCGGUUGGACAGAUCCUCAAGUCGUGAGAGUGGCGGGGCUGUUGCCGCCGGUCUAGCCGCACUGGUAUCGGAGUCGUUAGGUGGUCGCCCGGAAUUCGACUCGAUGGGAGUGGGGUCGCACGUGUUCGCGCAACUAAAUGAGGAGGAGGAUGAUUUGGAGAAAGCGGAAGGGGAAGCAGGGGCAGACGCGGCGGAGGAUGGAACGCAGGCGGCGGGGGCGGAGGAUGACGGGUAUGAGGAGGCGGAGGAGGAUGAGGUGCGGGGGAAGGAGCUGAAGGUCUGUUUCCCGACGUCAGCGCCUAAGAUCUCGUUCGGGCUCGGGUGGAACUUCUGCCGCCUCAACACGCGCGGCGGCACCGUGUCGCGCAGCAGCAAGGCGGACGCAGCGGCGGCUGCGGGCGGCGUAGUGGCGGGCAGUCUGGGCAGCAGCAUGGGGAGCUACUUCUCCCGCACGGGCAGUAGCCCCUGCUUCCCCUUCCUCCACACGUCCUCCCCCACCACUCUCCCGCCGCUCCCCUCCAUUUAUACCUCCUCACACUCGCUUAAGUCCGCCGCAGCCGCCGUCGUCGCCGCCGGAAGGGCCGCGUCAGCGCCGUCGCUUGCGUCUGCCGCAGCUACCGCAUCCCCUGCGGCUGCGUCUCACGUUCCUUCCUCGUCUGCCUUGGGUGGGUUUCCUUCCGCCGCGAGCGUUGGGGUUCUGGCAUCCAGCCUGCCGUCCAGGUUCAGCUCUGGGUUCCCAAACCCACCUGCGGCAGCCGCGGCCGUGCCGGGAAAUAACGCAGCGCGUGUCGAUCCCGUGGCGGCAACACAGGCGGUUCCGUCGCAGUCUGCCCUGCCGUGUGCCCCGCCGUUCCUUCCGCGUGCGAGCGUGCAUCUAAGCAAGGAGGUGCGGGGUGCUGAGCAGCAGUGGCAGGGCGAGGCCGACGGCCUUGUAUGGGGCCGCAGCAAACUGGGCAGGGUGGCGGAGGCGGAGGCGGCAGCGAGCGAUGCUUCAGACUCGGGUGUAGCGGGAGAGGCAACGUAUUUGCUGCUGGAGGAGAAGGAAGAAGUAAUCACAGUGUCAGUAGCUGUAGCAGAAACAGCGAAAGAGACGGUGGUAGAUGAGUUAGACGCAGAGUUUGCCCCACCUGCGCAAGCAGCGGUUGAGGCAGAAUGCGCGCCUGAAGCAGCAACGAGCAUCGUGCCUGAGGAGCCAUGCACCGUGCCUCAAGCUGUGCCUCUGGACUCGGUUGCAGAGCAGCAGUUCGUCUCCACUCUAUCCGCGUUAGAAGACGUCUGGCUUGCGGAGAACGUGUCUCUCGGCCUCGCGUGGCCGCGCAGCCUCGUGUCUCCCGCUCCACAUACUGACGGAGUCGCCUCGCCCGCGUCUGCCGCCUGCGUUGCGACUACCGCCGCGGUGCCGCCCCCCGUGCUGCACCUCGUGGGCGCAGUGCAGGACGGGUUGCGCGCGGGCGCGCAGCCCGUGCGCGCGUCUGGGGGGCUGGGCGGCGCGUACAUCUUCCGCGACGCGGCGCAGCGCAACGUGGCGAUCGUGAAGCCUACGGACGAGGAGCCGCUCGCGCCCAACAACCCCAACGGCUACGUGGGGCGCGCGCUGGGGCAGCCGGGGCUAAAGCGCAGCAUCCGCGUGGGGGAGGCGGGGCUGCGCGAAGUGGCGGCGUUCCUGCUGGACCACGAGGGGUUCGCGGGGGUGCCCGCGACGGCGCUCGUGCUCGCCACGCACCCCGCGUUCCACGUGAAUGCGGCGCCCGCGGGGCCCACGAUGACGCCGCGCACGUCGGGGACUGCGGGCGGGCUAUCAAGCGCGUUCUCGUUCGGCGUUGGCGCGAGUGGCCCCUCGGCGUCUGCUGCAGCUGCCGCUGUGGCGGGUGCGCGGGGCGCAGGAGGGGGAGGGGAAUGGGGGGAUGGCGGAAGCAGCGGAAACGGGGGCCGUCGAUUGUGCUCGUUGCAGCGGUUUGAGCCGCACGAUUUCGAUGCUAGCGAGCAUGGAACGUCCCGGUUCCCGGUGGCUGCUGUUCACCGUAUAGGCAUCCUCGAUAUCCGCUUGUUCAACACGGAUCGACACUCUGGCAACAUCCUGGUGCGGCAGUUGAGCGUGGAGGAGCGGGAGUGGCGGCAGAGCGACCCGCAGCUGCGAGUGGACGAGGCGGUGCACCUGGUGCCCAUCGACCACGGCUUCUGCCUCCCCGAGUCCCUCGAACCCGCCUACUUCGAAUGGCUGCACUGGCCCCAGGCGUCGCUGCCGUUCUCCCCCGACGAGCUGGAGUACAUAGCGGCACUGGACGCGGAGCGGGACGUAUCCCUCCUGCGCGCGCACCUCCCGCUGCUGCGCGAGGGCUGCCUGCGCGUGCUCGUGAUCGCCACCACGCUGCUGCAGCGCGCCGCCGCCGCGGGCAUGACGCUCGCGGGGAUAGGCGCGAUGAUGAGCCGCGAGGUGCGCGGACUGGAGGAGCAGCCGAGCGACCUGGAGCUCGUGUGCGCGGAGGCGCUGGGGGAGAUGAAACGCGUGCGCAGGGCGCUGGGGGAAGCGGAGGGGGAGGGGGAGGCGGAAGGGGAAGGUGACGCGGGCAGUGAGACAGGCAGGGAGGCAGAGCGGGACAGCGGUGCAGGUAACGAGGGCGAGGAGGAGAGGGCGGAGGAGGUAGGCAGCUAUGUGAUCCCAGAAUCGCUGUUGUGGAAGAAAGGUGCGAGGUGGGGUGAUACUGACUCAGAGGACGAGGAUGAGGAGGAGGAAAAGGAGGAGGAGGAGGGAGAGAACAAGGAAGCAGAGGGUGCAAGGGAGGGUCUUGAGGCAGGGUUUGCGGGUGUCCACGUGGGCGUGGAAGCAGGGAGUUUUGCGGGUAUAGGCGACAGUGUGAGUGGUUACGAGCAGAGUGAAUCCGUGACAGCAGGAGAGGAGCAGUUUGAAUUUGACGAGGAGGCUGAGGUAGUGAGUGCCGGGUAUCAGCACCACGGACAGCCAGAACUCAAGCAGCAGCAGCAGCAGCAGCAGCAGCAGCAGCAACGUGGCCAGUAUCCCGUGUCUACAUCCACCUCUCGCUCUCCCAGCAGCGGCAGCACUGAGAGCAACGACUGCGGAGACAGCACCACGAGCAGCAGCAACGGCGCUGGUCUGGGCAUGGGCAUGCAGGAGCACGGUAGCGAGGCGGAUGACUUUCCCCCAGUGGGACUGGGCUCUAUGAGCUCGUCCCCUCCCUCCUCCCUUGCCUCGCCGCCUCUUCCUGUCCUUGCACCUGCAUCUGCUGCUGUAUCAAACCUGGACCCUCCUCCUGCUGCUUCUCUGCUCUCUGCUCGUGACUGCUCUCAUGCAUCGGACUCCUCAUGGCACACACCUCUAGCAGAAACAGAAGCCACAGCAGCAGUGGCGCGUGCAAGUGAGAGCAGUGAGCCGUCUGCAUUCCUGCCUGAGCUGUCGUGCUCCCCCGUGCCUGCAUCAGCCCAGCCUGUCCCUGUGCCCGCCGUGGCCCAUCACUUCAUCGCCAAAUCCACCCGCCUCGGCUCCUCCUAUGCUCCUCCUCCCCGCCACCUCGCCCGCCCUCUCUUCCGCAAGCCCAUGGCCGCACUGCCUCCCCGCAACCCCACUCAGCCCUCACACGGUGCAGCACCUGGUGCGCCUGGUGCCUCUCCUCUCCACACUGGUUUCAGUGGGGGUUUGGGUGCACCUGGGGCAAGGAGCAGUGGCCUGGGUGGUGCUGCUGGCAGCAGCGGCGGCAGCGGGUCAAAUUUAAGAAGGGCAGUUGGUCGUUCCAACCUUGGCAGCAGCAGUGUUGGCGUCAGGGGAGAGGGAGCCGAGGAUGUGAGUGGUGAAGGUACAGCAGGUGGUGGGGUUAACCCUGGGAGGCAGCAGAGGCACAGCUCGAAGCAGAGGCGCAGCAGCGGACAUUCCAAGGGCGGAAAGCAGCAGCGGGGACAGGCACAGGGGGGAGUGGCACGGGAUCCGCGUGGGAGUGCGACGGGGGAUGAGCUGAGCGCACAGUUGAUGGAGCUGGGGGAGUUGGGUCACAACCCCUACGAUUCCGGCAAUCCCGACGGCCCGCCUCCCCCAUACGGCGGUCACCCCUACGCUGCGCCCGGCUACGGCGCGCCUCCGUCCGGGUAUGGCGCUCCGCCUCCGCCCGGCUAUGGCGCUCCCCCUCCCGGCUACGGCGCCCCGCCGCCCGGGUACGGCGCGCCCCCGCCUGGUUACGGGGCGCCCCCCCCUUCCGCCAUAGUGCCCGCGGGGGCGUACUCCAUGGGGUACCCGCCCGCCCCUCCCGGCCCCGAUGGUGCUCCCCCCAAGGCGAGCGUGGCGGGCGACAAGUUCCUGUACGCGUCGUCCAAGUGGAACGACGUGUGGGCCGCCAUUCUCUUCAUCCUGCAAUUCCUGGCGGUGCUGGUGUUCUCGGUGGUGCUGGGCGUGAAGGGCGUGUCCUCCUCCUCCUCACAGCAGCCAGCGCCGGGGCAGACCGUCUACUCCUUCUCCGACUAUGCACCGCAGUUCGCCGCUGCUGCCGCCACCGGGCUGAUCUUCGCACUCGUGUGGCUGCAGCUCAUCAAACUCAUGCCGCGCAUGAUGGUGCACAUAUCGCUGUGGUUUGGGUUUGUGGCGCCGGUGGCGGUGGCGAUCGUGGUGUUUGUGUACCACACGGCGCCCGUAUGGGUGGGCGUCGUGCUGCUCCUCUCCUCGCUGCUGCAGCUGCUCUACAUCUGGCUCGUGCGACACAGGAUCCCGUUUUCAGCGACGAUUCUGAAGCACGCGGUGCACGUGGUGAACGCGUUCCCGUCGGUCAUCUGGGUGGCGUACCUCUUCCUCCUCCUCAGCCUCGUCUGGACCGUCAUCUGGGUCGUGGGGGUCUCAGGCGCCAUGUCGCUGACGAACGCGUUUGUGGUGCUCAUCAUCCUCGUGCUCAGCAACUACUGGACCAUGGAGGUGUUCCGCAACGUGGUGCACACGACAGUGGCGGGCACCACGGCCACCUACUACUUUCUGCGCCACAACAUGCCGCCCAACCCCACCGGCCUCGCGCUGCACCGCGCCGCCACCAAGAGCUUUGGCUCCAUCUGCUUCGGCUCGCUGCUCGUUGCGCUCAUCCAAACCCUCCGCUUCAUUGUGGCGGCGCUAGCGAACAACGACGACGGGGGCAACUUCAUAGCGUGCUGUGCGCAGUGCAUCCUGGCGUGCAUUGAGGCCAUCGUCGAGUUCUUCAACAAAUACGCAUACAUCCAGAUAGCAAUGUACGGCAAGACGUUCAUCCGGGCGUCCAAGGACACGUGGGAGCUGUUCAAGGCGCGCGGGGUGGACGUGCUGAUCAACGACGACCUGUCGGGGGGCGUGCUGGGGCUGGGCAUGUUCAUCGGGGGGGUAGUGGCCGCGCUCGUGGGCGGGCUGCUGUCGCUCAACAAGGCUGUCGAGCUGCUCGCGGCCGUGUCGAUCGUCAGCUUCAUCAUCGGCCUCGUCCUUACGGGCAUGACACUGACGGUGGUGGACAGUGCAGUGGGCACGUUCUACGUGUGCUACGCGGAGGACCCAGCCACGCUGCAGCAGAACGACCCGGUGCUCUACAACAAGGUGCAGGAGCGCGACAGGGAGAUCCGUGACCGCCGCACCUGCCACGAGGCCCAGGCCGCUGCUCGGCAGGCUUCCAGGUGA